AUGGCUAUUACAAUUCUACCACCAACGAUUGAGGACCUUGGUCCAUACCAGUCUGAUUCUGAUGAAUCCAUGUCAAAUGUAUCGGACUCCGACGUCGAAAUGGACGGCGACAGCGUCUCACGACCACACAAGCGGGCCCGCCUAGGGGAGAACGGAUUUGAGGAGCGAUUUGUGACUCCGGGUGGACUUGUAGCGGACGAUCCUCAAUGGAUGAGAGGUCACGGCACAUUCUCAAAUCCCCUCUCCACUACCAUUAUCGCCACUGUCGCAGGUACUGUCCAGGCAACGAACAAACUACUCUCAGUCACCCCGUUGCGCGCCCGCUACCAACCCGAGAUCGGUGAUCUAGUUGUGGGUCGCAUUGUCGAGGUGCAGGCGCGGCGGUGGAAGGUCGAUGUUGCCGCUCCGCUACUAGCAAAUCUUCCUCUCUCUUCGAUUAACCUACCGGGUGGUAUUCUGCGUCGGCGAACUAGCUCGGAUGAACUUCAGAUUCGAAAUUUCUUUAGUGAGGGAGAUCUUGUGAUGGCUGAAGUACAGGGUGUGAAUCAGGAUGGCUCAGCAACGCUCCAUACUCGAUCUCUCAAGUAUGGAAAGCUUCGGAAUGGUGUUUUUCUCGCUGUGACCGGGACUGGAGGCAGCGGCAAGCCUAGCUGUAAUAAGAAAGGACAGUCCGGUUCAGCCAAAGUAACCGGCGGUGUUGUGCGGUCUCGGCGACAGUGGCUCACAAUUAACACUUCUAAUGGUGGUGGUGAUGUUUGCAUUAUUCUCGGCGUGAAUGGAUAUAUCUUCAUCUACCAGCCCGCCAAUGGAGCAGCUGCGCCGUCAACUACGGACAGCGUGUCUAUUACGCGCAUGGAGGAGAUGGUAUCUAGCUCCAUCUAUUCUAGCCAGAACGAUGAGAUUACGCCGCAGACUCGACGAGAAAUUUCUCGACUUGUACAAUGCAUUCAGGUCCUUUUCCGAAACGGCAUACGGGUGGAACAGGAAACUGUGCAGGGAGCUUACGAGGCCAGUUUGGAGGUGGACUUGGAGUUGAGCGACGACGAAGACGAGGAUGAGUCGCGCGAGGGUCGGACAUAUCUCGAAGGAGCAAAGAGCCAGCGAAUUCUUGAGUUGCUACCUGAGAUGCAACGGAAGCAGCCUAAGGAAUAG